AUGGCCGAGUUAGACUUAGACGACUUACUGAACACCGGUCUUGAGGACGUCAAUACAGUGAAGAUUGAUCCUGUUUUUGAAAGUUCGUCGACACAACCAUCCCUUUCAAUUCAAAAGAAAGUCAACUAUAAUACGGUUGACACAACUGUAAAAAACACAUCCUCUGUAUCACCACUGUCUCCUGUUUUUAUUAAGACACCACCACAUCUCCCGAAGGCACGUUUGAGCUACUCACCAAAGUUUUCAUUUCCAGAAAGCAAGGGUUCAUCAUUAAGUAACUCUCCAGUCCUUUCAAAUGGAUUUUCAAAGCAAGAACUCAAGCCAGAAAAAAUUCAGACAACGGUUCUUGGUGAUAUAUCUCCACGAAAUGUCUCAAAGACAUCGAAUGGGAAGCGCCUUAAGAGAAACUCAGUUGACAACAUUGGCGAGUUUUCAGAUAUUUACCAACUCUCUGUCCAACCUGUCAUCCCAGGAAAUCCCAACACAAAAUACCUUUCUAUGGACAGAAUAUACUCCCAAGAACAACUCUUUGGGUUGUGUGUCGACGAUUUAUUUAAUUCGCAAAUGAAGACCGACCCAUGGUCAUCAAUUGUACUACCAAUGGACGAAUGGACAAAGGUUGAGCUUAAACAGAGCGAGGUAUUAGUCGACUUGCAAGCGAACAAGGAUGGAUUUCUGAUUGAAGUAGGCCCAAAGUCAAUCAAGAGAAAAGGUGAUUUGUACAAAUAUAAUACAAUCGACAUUGAUCUCGAUUUCCCAUUCUACAAAACGUUCUUUAAAGGAAAGAAGACGACAAAGUACUACAUGGACAAGGAGAAAUACACUCUACUUAUUGUCGAUAACUCAACAAAGAACAAGAGAGCCAUCUUAAAGACGGGGAAGGAGAGCGUGAGAUGUGUUGUGCCAAUGGGGGUCGACCCAGCUAAGUAUUUGCCUGCAUUUCCUAAAGUUGAGAAGAAGCGACCAAAGGUGAAGUGCUUUGACAAAAAGACAUCUGCAAAGAUAGAAAACGAAAUAGACAGAAACGAAGACAUGACGAUGGUGUCGACAUAUCGGAUUGGAGUGAUAUACAUCAAAGAGGGGCAGAACACAGAGAAUGAAUAUUUUGCGAACGACGAAAGUGACUGUUCAAAGGACUUCUGGGACUUCAUGGAUUUAAUUGCAGAGAAGAUUGAACUGAAGGGGUGGUCUAAAUUUGCAGCAGGCCUUGACACGAAGCAUGGGUGCACCGGGAAGUACAGUUACUUCAAGCAAGUGGACAAAUACAGUUUAAUGUUCCACACGUGCCCACUCCUCCCAAAUCAGCCGGAUGAGACACAAAAAUUGGAGAGAAAGCGACACAUAGGUAAUGAUGUUGUUGUCAUUGCAUUUUUGGAUCGAGACCGUGUGACUCCAUUUGAUCCAAGGUCUCUCACUUCACACUAUACAAAUGCGUUUAUUGUUGUACAGCCCAAGAAAGAUUUUUGUGAUGGUGCUAUGUGUGAGGGAUACACCGUCAAUGCGACAACUACGCCAAGCAACCACCCAUUCCCUCCAUACAUUCAAAGCUCUUUCAUGAAAAGUGGAAAGUUAUUUCAAGAGUUCUUCUUGAAGAAAUUGAUCAAUGCAGAGCGGAUGAUGAUGCACAGCACAGCUUUUUUGUCAAAUGCAAGAAAAACACGUGCAAUGCAACUCGAGUUGAUCGGGAAGAAGUACUUGUAA